AUGGAUCCGGGGAUGCCGCCGGAUUUGCUCGCUUUGAGCACUUGCUUGGAUGCGACUCACGGCGCUUCGGACGUGGCGCAGCAGUUGCGUGUCCUCUCCGCUCAGCGGGGCAGUGCCGGCAGGUUCCAUUCUGAAGUUGCCGAAUGCCUCAUGCGCAUGAAGGAAAUCGAUGGCAUUGCCAAAGUGGAGCAGUGCCGACUCUCCGAGUCUGGGCUCACAGAGAGGAGUCGCAUCGUGGAGGAGGCGCGCUCCCAGCGCUACAAGCACUUGGUCGAUGUCAUGCAGGUGUCUGUGAAAGAGGACGCGCAAACUGCACGGCAGGAGAUCAGUGCGAGGGCGGAGGUGUCCAAGGAGACAGUGAAAGGAAACGUGCAAAUUCAGGCGACUUAUUGGGGCCUGGUGCUUGGCUCCCUUUCUCUGGCCGUGGUCAGCGACUUCCUUGGCAUCAUGCGGCUGCUACUGAGCCUGAACCCAAGCGGCGCGCGGCAGAUGGGCCUGGACGAGGUGUACCCUGUGGAGGGUCUCAAGACGUACCGCCAGCGGGGCCGCUACCGUCUCCGAUAUCCCGGCGAGUGGCUGUUCGAUCAGAGCGUGGCCUUCUCGAAGCAGGCCGCCAUUGAGCUGCCGACCUUGAGGCAGAAGAAACGCAUCGUCCCCGACGCGGCGUUUGGGCCGGCCGGUGGCGGCUUGGCGACGACCGCCACUGCCCAAAACCUUUCUGUGGUCGUUCAGCCGGUAAAAGCCCAACGACUUGAGGAUCUCAUGGGCGAGCCCGAGGAGGCUUUUCGCAAGUUCGCUGCAGAAACAUUGGCAGCGGAG